AUGGGUAAAGAAUCAAAGAUGACAAUGGAAGUGUACAACGCAGUGUUACUUACAGCAGGAGCAGUUGGUAUAUCAAUGGCAUCGAAAAAACUAUUGAAAGAACCGUUAGGUACCCCAGAUAAUGUAAAAGGAAUGGUAAAGUUAGCUAUUUCAGUUAGUCUUUCAUCUCUACUGGUCUCUUACUUGAAAGAAAAGAAGUAUCUACCAGAUGAUCCAUUCAAAACCUAG